AAAAAUGGAAAAAAACAUUUCAGCUAACAAAAUGUUAAAGGAAGAAAAGAAAAUUAUUGACAAGAUGAACAAGAGCAUGGAUAUCAAUACUCUCAACUUCAUCAAAUCCUUAAAAAUAAUGAAAACAUUUAUGAGCUUGUACAACAUUGAUCCAAAAAAAUUGAUAGAGUGCAAAAAGAACUUAGUACAAGGAGCCAGCUUUACGAUCAUUAAGAUCUUUGAUCUUGAAUUAAAACACAGGAAAGAAAUCCAGAAAUUAACUAAGAUAUUGAAGCCAAGAAAGAUAGAAACCUUGGUUCUUGAAGGAAAAAGGAAUACUCUUUACAAGCACCAUGAAAAUCCUGAUAUUUCAAGAAUAACCCAAUUGACUCCUCUAGUUACUAAGAGGGUGUGAAUUAGUAAACUCAGGUUGACAAAAUCUCAAUUUUCAAGGAUAAUCAGUUCUUCAAGAUAUUCAAGAACAGUAGAAUUCGCACAUUGCGCAAUUGACUCGGAAGAUAUGAAAAUAAACGAAGAUCUUGAAUUUAAGACUGAAUGAAUGAACUUCAGAGGCUGUGAAAUCGAAGAAGCAAGCGAUUGGGGAAACCACCCAGAAAGAGUCUCCUCAAUAAUAGAAGGGAUCGCCAAGUCAGGUUUAGCAAGAUCCUUAAAGACACUUUUCUUAGGUGCAUGUGGAUUGACUAAAGAGCAGAUUCAAAACUUUCUCGAAACUUACUCAUUAGUAGGUGUAGAAGCUUCCUUCCAAAGCUCUUCAAACAUGAGUGCCAUUGAACAUGUUAUCAAAACUGAUUAGGAUUUCUGACUAUUUAGAACUCAAAUAUAAUAUUGCGCAACU